AUGAAACAGUCACAUCGGUUUGUUAAAAGAAGUGUAAGCACUAGCAGUGAUGAAGCUGAUCCACCAGACUUACGAGAUCCUGAGAAACCUGCUGGCGUUCGGGAUUGGGAUUUCUCAGAGCAGGCUCCCUCUGCGUCGAACUCCGACGUGGAAGCGCCGCUAGGAUGGCUGUCGCAGUGCUAUGUGAUCACCUACAAUUCUUUGGAUUACAUGCUUCUGCUCAAUCAGCAACGAUUUGCUUUAUUAACAAGGUUGGUAUCAGUGGCUCUAUUCAUUCUUAAAGCUUGUGGUCAUGACAACAUAACAUGUGGUUGCCUGUUCGGACUAGGUACUCACCGUGUUUCCGAGGCUCUUGAUUGUCUUAUAGUGGCCGUUGGAAUGUCUAAUGGUCACGUGGUUUUCUUCACUGAAAGAGGUGUCCUUCUCUUUGACGAACAAUUUUCUGAAUCGGAAAUCUAUUACGUCACAUUUGACCAAACGGAAGAAAGCCAACAGUUGACUGUAGUGACAUCUGUAGAUUUCUUCGCUGUCGACCCAAUCAGUCUUCAUUCCACGCUUUUAAAAGCCAAAUCUGCCGAGUCUAUCAGCAGCGCAGCGCUUCCACCCUACUACACAUAUAUGUACACAUCUGACAAAGUUUUUUCGACUUUUGCAUGGACCAGCGAUGCGGACAAAAAGAAAAUUUGGCAAGAAGCGAUCAAAUAUGGCAAAUCUUUUGUACCACAUUUUGGACUUCGCGAUAUGCUCGGGUUUUCUACAUCACCGAGAAAAAAGACCGCAGUGUCGCAGCCGUCUCGUGUGAUUACAACCCGUGGGACAUUAGACGAUUCCAGGCUUGCUGUAGAAACAGCCGUGGAAGUAUCGAGAGGGCUGGUGGCUAUUGUGGAUCACAUAGCUAGGAUUGUGAACCGACAAAUAAUUAGGAUAUGGAAAGGUUACCGAGAGGCUACUGUUGCGUGGAUUAAUUCGUCAAACAACGAACAAACUGCGCUGUUUCUUGCAAUUUUCGCUCCACGCCGGGCCCUGCUUGAAGUUUGGAAUGUA